UCUGAACACUUGUCAGUAACCCAGUUCGACCCAGCAGCGACUCUUUCGGACUGAUGCAAAAAACACAUUGAAACCGAAAACCAUAGUGUGUCAAACAGGAGAGAGGAGAGAGAGAGAGAGAGAAGGGGACGAGACUCUGUUCAAAUGUUUAGCUUCUAGAUUCCUUUCUCUAUCAAUAUAGAUAAUAACAAUCAGAUCCUUGUGGCUUAAAAUAUCAGAAAUUUUGGUUUAUAAAUUUGCAGGGCCUCCUUUGUUGAAGAAAGCAGCACAGCAGUCUCUGUGCAUCUGGUGGGAGAGUGUUGAUGGCGAAUGGUGAAGUGAAAGGACCUUAUUCUUCAUGGGGAGCUGGAAAUGAACCCAAAAAAUUAUCACUGAAGGUCCCAGAUGAGAUUUCUGAGGUGAAACAGAGAAAACAGAAAGCACUACUUACUUCUGCUUCUGCCCAAGAUUUGAGGUAUAUCGACAUGGAAAAAGAGAAGGACGAUGUCCAAACUCCUAGAGGAGUUUUAGAAGCUUGCAUGAGAGGCUUUGAACCCGAGACUAGUUCUUCUGAAAACAGCACGACUGAGUCAUCAGUGCAAGGUUCAAGUUCAAGUUCACUUUCUCACUGGCGUAAAUUCUUUAAACAAUGGGGUAAGAGAUCGCUUAAGCGCUUAGUCUCCUUCCCUCCGCUUGGUGUGCCAAAGAUAUCAUCACGAAGAAGGAUCGGGUGUGCAAGAGAGAAUCCAGCAUUGACUAAUAUAUCCAACUUCAAGUCUUCGUUGGUGAACUUUACCAUUGCCGAGCUCCAAAAGGCGACCGAUGAUUUUAACGGUGAAAACACAAUUGGAAAGGGUGGUUAUUCAGAAGUUUACAAGGGUCGCUUGAAAAGUGGGCAGCUAGUAGCAGUCAAGCGGCUGACGAAAGGAACAGCAGAUGAGAAAACAGCAGGCUUUCUAUCUGAACUUGGCACUAUAGCUCAUGUUGAUCAUCCUAAUACUGCAAAGUUGAUUGGAUGUUGUGUUGAAGGAGGAAUGCACCUCGUUUUCGAAUUAUUUUCACUUGGAAGUUUAGGAUCGCUCCUGCACGGUCCAAAGGCUAAUGAAAUUGAUUGGAGUAAAAGAUACAAAAUUGCUUUGGGGACAGCAGAUGGUCUGCUGUAUCUUCAUGAGAGUUGCCAGAGGCGAAUCAUUCAUAGAGACAUUAAAGCUGAUAAUAUUCUGCUCACAGAAGAUUUUGUGCCACAGAUAUGUGAUUUCGGGCUUGCAAAGUGGCUACCCAAACAAUGGACUCAUCACAAUGUCCCUAAAUCUGAGGGUACAUUUGGGUAUUUUGCUCCUGAGUAUUUCAUGCAUGGAAUAGUAGAUGAAAAAACUGAUGUUUAUUCUUUCGGAGUCUUACUCUUGGAGCUUAUAACCGGGCGUCCAGCUUUGGAUGAUCUUCAGAAAAGCCUUGUACUUUGGGCAAAGCCUUUGCUUGAUAACAAUGAGAUCAAGGAGCUUGUCGAUCCUAAUAUUGGUGACAACUAUGACCGCAAAGAGAUGGAUCACAUGGUUUUGACAGCAGCUUUAUGCAUCGAGCAGUCUUCUAUUCUACGUCCUCGCAUGAGUCAGGUUGUGGUGCUGCUAAGAGGCGAUGAUUAUGUAUCCAAAUGUGCAAAAGAAUCGAAAAGGAGGUUCCUGCAAAGAACAUACUCUGAAGAACUAUCGGAUGCACAAGAGUAUAAUUCAACAAAGUAUCUGGGCGAUCUCAACCGACACAAGCAGGUCGCUUUCAGUUCUUGAAAUAGGUGGAUAGAUAGAACAUUUAAACAAUGUUAAAUCUAGUAGUUCUUGUAGACUUAUCAGUUUCUGGGGUGCUUGCAAUUCCCAUGGAAAUCGAGUCGUUGUAGAUGGAUUUCCAAUUUUCCAUGGUAUUUGAAAGCACAACCAGCUGAAAUUGUGGCUCUGAGAGUGAGGGGAAAGACUAUUAAUAUGUAGUGUUUUCUUUUCUACAAACAUCAUCUUACAUCAUCACAUAUAUUAAUUGUUUUAUAAUCUA